AGCCCCAACCCACCUCCCUCACCUUGUAAAACUGGCAGGCUCCGGACAUUUUGCAUGCUGAAGAAAAUCACUGUUUUGCCUCCAGCAAGGAACAAGAAUGUUGCAACACUGACUCCUCCUCUCAUGAAGAAAGAGUGAACAAGUGCACCGAGUUGAGCUUCUCACAGAGCCACCGGGCUGGGGACGGAGGCGCCCAGGUUGGGCUCCUGAGACUCCAGUCUUCUGGACUUCCCCCCACCCCCGCUCCCGCCUCCGCCCCCUUCCCGUCUCACUCCCUCCUCACCCUCUAUCUGGAUUCUACCGGCUGUUCGUGAAACAGCUUUGCACCCAUUGGAUCUUCACGUCCUUUUGCAGGAAGUGCUCACGGACUGUUACGGCAGACUUUGCUCCCAGGCAAAACUAAAGAACUCUUCUAUUCAUGGAGGUGAAAACUAAGGAAGGUUUCCACAUGAACCCUGAAGUGAAAGCCUGAUACAUUUCCUGUAGAAAGAGAAAAGAAGCUAAAAUGAAGGAAAGUGUGGCAUCCACAAUUUUCGUUUUGCUACUUUUUCUCAACACCAGACUCCUGAAUGGACAAUCACCUCCUGGAAAACCUGAGAUCCUUAAAUGUCGUUCUCCUGAAAAGGAGACAUUCACCUGCUGGUGGAAGCCUGGGGAAGAUGGAGGUCUCCCUACCAAUUACACACUGACUUACCACAAGGAAGGAGAGACACUCACACAUGAAUGUCCAGACUACACAACCAGUGGCCCCAAUUCCUGUUACUUCAACAAGAAGCACACCUCCAUCUGGACAAUGUACAUCAUCACAAUAAAUGCCACAAACCAGAUGGGAAGCACUUCCUCGGAUCCACGUUAUGUGGACGUGACUUACAUAGUUGAACCAGACCCUCCUGUGAACCUGACUUUGGAAUUAAAACAGCCAGAAGACAAAAAACCAUAUCUGUGGAUGAAAUGGUUCCCACCCACCCUGGUUGAUGUAAGAUCUGGUUGGCUCACACUCCAGUACGAAAUUCGAUUAAAACCCGAGAAAGCCACUGAGUGGGAGACUCAUUUUGCUGGGCAGCAGACUCAGUUUAAGAUUCUCAGCUUAUAUCCAGGACAGAAAUACCUUGUCCAGGUUCGCUGCAAGCCAGACCAUGGAUUUUGGAGUGAGUGGAGCCCAGAGAGCUCCAUUCAGAUACCUAAUGAUGUCACCAUGAAAGAUACCAUUGUGUGGAUCUUUGUGGCUGUCCUUUCCGCUGUCAUCUGUCUGAUUAUGGUCAUGGCAGUGGCUUUGAAAGGCCACAGCAUGGUGACCUGCAUCCUUCCACCAGUUCCUGGGCCAAAAAUAAAAGGAUUUGAUACUCAUCUGCUGGAGAAGGGCAAGUCUGAAGAACUGCUGAGUGCCCUGGGGUGCCAAGACUUCCCUCCCACUUCUGACUGUGAGGACUUACUGGUGGAGUUUUUAGAAGUGGAUGACAGUGAGGACCAGCAGCUGAUGCCAGCCCUUUCAAAAGAACACCCGGGUCAAGAUAGGAAGCCCACACCCCUGGACCCAGACAGUGACUCUGGCCGGGGCAGUUGCGACAGCCCUUCCCUUUUGUCUAAAAAGUGUGAGGAAGCCCGGGCAAAUCCCUCCACAUUUAACACUCCUGAGGGCAUUGAGAAGCCAGAGAAUCCCCAGACAAAUGCUACCCGCACCUGGGACCCCCAGAGCACAAGCUUGGAAGGCAAAAUCCCCUCUUUCCCUGCCAAUGGAUCCAAAUCUUCAACAUGGCCUUUACCACAGCCCCCCAGCCAUCCCAGCCCCAGAUCUUCUUACCACAACAUUGCUGAUGUGUGCAAGCUGGCCAUGGGCCCAGCAGGUGCAUCGGCCACUUCGUUGGACAAAACAGACACACAUGCUUUAAGAUCUUCAAAAAAUGUUGAGACUGGAGGGGAGAAAGUGGCAGUUGAGCAGAGGGCAGUGGAAAGCUUCCAUUCCAAGACUGACCAAGGCACAGCAUGGCUGUUGACCCGGGAGAAAACCUCUUUGAUCUCUGUGAAACCCUUGGAUUAUGUGGAGAUUCACAAAGUUAACAAAGACGGAGCACUAUCAUUGCUCCCAAAACAGAAAGAGAACGGCAACCAGACAGACAAGCCCAGCACUCCUGAAACCAGUAAGGAGUAUGCCAAGGUGUCCAGGGUGAUGGAUAACAACAUCCUGGUGUUAGUGCAGGAUCCGCAAGCUCAAAACCUGGCUUCGUUUGAAGAACCAGCCAAGGGGGCUCCACCGCCCCUUCAACCGAAUCAAGCUGAAGAAGACCUGGCCUCCCUCACGUCGGCACCAAGCAACUGUGGACUCCAGCAGGGUGGGUUGGAUUACCUGGAUCCCACAUGUGUUAUGCACUCCUUUCAGUGAUAGCUUAAUUAAUGGAACGAUUGGUUAAAAUGUGACUUCUUUUCAGGUAACACUACAGAGUACAGGAAAUGCACUCUCCCAGAGAAUGCUCGAGAGCGUGGUUAGAUUGACACUAUACAGCCCACAGUUCAUUCGUUUUCAUGCUCCAUUUUCAACCAGCUGCCUCUUUCUCCAACAGCUGAUUCCAGAACAAAUCGCUUUGCUUCCCGUGAUUUGUACAUUUACUUUUUGCUAUUAGUUAUAAAAUUAUGUGUUCAAUGAAAUAAAAGCUCAUCGUUUAGUAUUCUCGAGGGACAGUACCGACAGGUAUAUCCUCUGGAAGAGACUUUCACGGUUUGGUGUGUGACAAAAGGAAAUGAGAGAAUCACGGUUGUUUACCACAGGAAGAUGACAGGUGUGAGAGACAAAUGCCAUGAAAACCACUGUUGAAAACCAACGAACCUUUGCUUGACCUUUGUUUGACCUUUACUUGACCUUUGCACUCCUCUCUUGUUUUAUUAGGAUGAACCGAACACAUUUAAAGAAAGAAUGCAUUCCAGAACACCUGACAAAUUGUUUACAUCAGUUCCUAUCACCUUAGUGAUACAUUGCCAAUAUGCAAGCCAAAAUGAUGCCUCCAAUUUUUUCUUAAAAUGGUUUGAAUUUAUUAAGCGUGGGUUUUCCCCCCUAAAUUGUAUUUUAUCCUAAAGCCUCUAGAGAAUAUAGUUUUGGAAAAUGGAAUUUUCUUACAUUACAGGUAAAUGAGUUUCGUGUGGUAAAUUCUUCUAAAAUGUUUUCCUGUUUCAUUUCAGUACACGAGAUAAUUUAUUAAACCCCCAGUCUUCUGUUAGGUUAAAAAAAAAAAAUCCAGAAGACUAACGUUAAUUUAAAA